GGAAAAUCUCGGAAAGCUGGGUAAAGUGUCUCUUUCUAAACGAUUUGGUGAUGUUUUUUGAUUGUAAAUGAUGUUGGAGUUAAAUGGCUUUUUGUUAUUUCAGGUAGCGAGCUUAGAAAUUUGACUCACACAAUCUUGGAGACGGUGGCACCACCCAUUUCAGAACACGAGCUAGUGGAAGUAUGGCUAUCGCAUGAUAUGCGAGGCUAUGUUGGUCUGGAAGCUUUGGUGUAUCGAUCUUUUGCUCGUGUGAUGGAGCAAACUGAAUCGGGACAUGUGGUUGUGCGCAAGAUUGGUGACAAGGAAGAUGAAGACGAGCAACCACGUAAUUUGAAUCUGUGUGAGGGGUUGAUAGAAGGAACAAAGCUUGCAAAGGCAAACUUGGACCAUCUUGUCAAGACGCAUUACAAAGCACCCGAGGCACGGACAGAGUAUACACCGCAAUUAGGGGCAGUACCUGUCAUUAACUGCCCUGUGUUUCUGGCGAUCCAACCCGUCAGUACGGAAGACCAAGUUAUUUUCGUGCUUUUAUUGGUCGACCCGACACAUCAGCUCAGCUUUAAGACGUACUCUCAAUCAAUGCCUUUGGCGUGGUUGGAUGUGCCUUACGAUGAAAACGAAUGGGUCGAGGAUAAAAUGGUAGAGGCAAUACGGAUGGCUGUGACAACCGUGGCCCAGGAUUAUGUGUAUACGCGGAUGACUGGUGCCAAGCAUGAGUUAGCAAAGGCCGUUGCUGCUUCGACUGCCGCACAACAGCAAGCCGAGCAAUCUGAGACGCAACAGUCAAAAGAGGAGAAAAAGGAUGAUGAGAAGAAGCAGCAGCAGACGACGGAUGCAUAAGUCCUUUAUUUAAGUUCCCUCUAUCUCAUUGCCAAGCUAUGCUCCUUUUGUAACUCUACAUUCUAUACAUACGUACUUGUUUAUCAUUCACAACUAAACUAUUACCCCUCCUAUAUCACUCUCGUUUGUUCAAGUGGUUUUUGGCUCAAUGCAUUAUAACUUUGCAGUAAAGCCCAGGUUGGCAACCAUCUCUGGGGAACCUAUAAAGACACUUGACAUUGAAUUUGGUUCAAUUAAUGUUACAUGGUCGCAUACUGAAAGUUAGUAUGUCGGUACGUUCUGGAUUUCCACAAACUGUAUCUGAUAAUUCAGCGCAUCCCGUUUAACAUUGGGCUUCGUUUCCCACGGCAAAUGGUCCGCGUGCACCACAUUGUAAUAACGGAGGAAUGCUACCUCACUGUUAACUGUUAGUGAGCAGUGUUUCUUUUAAAUGAGAGU